AUGGCUGAGUUCAUUUCGCGAAUGGACAGACAAUCAGCCGGUGUUUCACCGACCAUUCGCCGGGUCGAAGACUCGUUGGAGAAGAGGAUUGUGGAUCUCGAGCAUCGACUAAAUAAAAGCGUAGAGACGACCAUAAAUCAAUUUCACACAAGCACCAAGAUGGACAUGAGCGAGCGCCACCAGCUGGAGAACCGACUUCUGGAAAAGGUCCACAACGCCAUGGCAGCAUACGAAAACAGAAUAGUAAGGGUAUUUAAUGAUAAGGUUUAA